UCUGAAGCUGUGACCCUGCUCUGCUAUCUCCUCUGUUCUUCAUUUCCUCUCCAAUUGUUACGGACCCCAUUAAUGGCAGCAACGCCACUUCGAGCAACGCAAUAAAUGCCUUUGUCAGUGUCCAAGGACGGCAUUUUCAACUACCUAACCUCCCUUGAUUCAACACACGUUCACCAUUGAAGCCUCAAAUUCUGCAAAACCAAUGACUCAGCUUAGUUUCACUUCCCAAGGUGCUCCAUGGUGCAAAGUUACAUAUUUUACUCCAUGAACCUCCUUGAACACCGUCAAAGUUCUCUUUUUUUCCUUCGUGGUGCUCUUCAAUUGUGUGUUGUAUAACAUGUCUGAGCCUCUGAGGAGAUGAUGCUGUUUUAAAUUGUUGGCAAGGUUUUACAAAAAGGAUCCGUGACUGUGAUUUUGGCCUCAACGUCAAAGUUACAGGGGUCUCUAUGACUAUAAUUGUGAUCGCAUAAACUUCAUUUUGUCCGUAAUGUCUUGCAAUUUUGGCCAUAACAUUAAAGUUUUUAGGGUCUCUUGACACUGCAAUUGUGGCCGCAUAGGCUGCAUUUGUGCAGAAUUUACUAAAUAUCAAGGAUUGCGGCGAAACUGCAAUUGCAACUGCAAUUUAAAACCUUAUCUGUUAAACAUUUUUUUUCCCUGGGUGGUCUACUUUUGAUAUCUUUGAAGUUUGAAGGAUCUCUUUUGAGUCUUUUGACAUAAUCAUCAAAUUUGGUGCAUGAUGUUCCUAGCUGGUUCAAUGAGACAUUUUUGUUACCAUUAUCUUGUGGUUCUUUCAUGGCUUUUGUUCAUCCCAAACUCUCAUGAAUUACAAGCAGCUCAGACUCAAGCCUUGUUGCAGUUAAGAGUUUAUCUCGAGUACCCUUCUUCUCUGCAAAUUUGGGAAAAUUACAAUUGGGACCUAUGCAGCAUUUCACCCUCUGCAAACCUGAGCAUUAAAUGUGAAAAUAAUGAGAUAACUGAGCUUAAAAUUAUGGGAGAAAAGUCUGAGAAGCCGCAACGGUUCAAUGGAUUUGCUGUUCCUAAUCAGACUCUAUCCAUGAAUUUCUCCAUUGUUUCCUUUCUCUCCACUUUGACAAGGUUGGCCAGCUUAAGGGUUCUCAGCUUGGUGUCCUUGGGGAUUUGGGGGCCACUUCCUGAUAAGAUUCACCAUUUCUCUUCGCUUCAAGUUUUGGACUUGAGCUCUAAUUUCAUAUUUGGAGCCAUCCCACCAAAAAUAUCCACAAUGGUAAAGCUUCAUGCAUUGACCCUUGAUGACAAUUAUUUGAACACCACUAUGCCUGAUUGGUUUGAUUCCUUGUCUAAUCUAAAUAUCUUGAGUGUGAAGAGCAAUGGUAUAAAGGGUCCAUUCCCCUCCUCACUGUGCAAAAUUAAGACACUUGAAGUGAUUUCCUUGUCCCACAAUGAGCUGGCUGGGGAAUUACCUGAUCUGGGUUCUCUCACUGGCCUACAUGUUCUGGAUUUAAGAGAAAACCAAUUAGAAUCUGAACUACCAUUGUUGCCUAAAUCAGUGGUCACAGUUCUGCUUAGCAAUAACUCAUUCUCAGGAGAGGUACCUAAGCAGUUUGGUGAAUUAGAUCAGCUUCAACAUCUAGAUCUGUCUUCAAAUCACCUCAGUAAGACACCCCCAUCUACCUUGUUUUCUCUGCCCAAAAUAAGUUAUUUGAAUCUGGCAAGCAAUGCACUAAGUGGGGCCCUCCCAGACAAACUUAGCUGUGGGAGCAAACUUGGGUUUGUGGACAUUUCUAGUAACAAGUUAAGUGGUGGACUUCCCUCUUGCUUGGCAAAUACUUCUGAUGGUAGAGUUGUCAGGUAUGCUGGAAACUGUUUAUCUGUUGAUUCUCAGAACCAGCAUAGAGGGUCUUAUUGUAGAGAAUCUAGCUCUGGAUGGAAGAACUUGAAGACAUGGAAAGUAGCUGCAGCAAUGGCCAUCAUUGUUGGACUUGUUCUUGUGGUUAUGGUUUCAGGAGUCUUUUUAUGGAAAAAAUAUCAUUCCAGAAAGAUAACUGGGCAGGAAGUGUUGCUAAAAAUUGUUCAUGAUAACUCCACAACUGGGGUUUCAUCAGAGAUCCUUGCAAAUGCCAGAUUCAUUUCUCAAACAGUGAAGCUAGGGACACAAACUACUUCAACCUGUCGACAAUUUUCAAUAGAGGAAUUGAAGGAAGCCACAAAAAACUUUGACUUGUCAACUUAUAUUGGUCAAGGUCAAGGCUCCAUAGGAAAGCUGUUCAAAGGUAAACUAGAGAAUGGAUCCUACGCGGCGAUACGAUCUUUGGCUCUGUCAAAGAAAUGCUCAAUUCAAAAUCUUAGAGCUAAAUUGGAUUUACUCUCAAAACUUCAACAUCCAAAUUUGGUUAGCCUUUUGGGCCAUUGUAUUGAUGGUGGUGGACAAGAAGAUCCCAAUUCCCACAAGCUUCAUCUUGUAUAUGAGUAUGUGCCAAAUGGGAAUUAUCGUACACAUCUGUCAGAAUUUUCUGUAGAUAAGGCACUUAAGUGGUCUGAUAGAUUGGCAAUUUUAAUUGGCGUUGCAAAGGCAGUGCAUUUCUUACAUACUGGUGUUAUACCUGGCUGUUUUAGUAACCAGCUAAAGACAAAGAAUGUCUUACUUGAUGAACACCGCAUUCCAAAACUGAGUGACUAUGGCAUGUCCAUCAUCACAGAAGAAAUUGAAAAAUCUGAGGCAAAGAGUGAGAAACCAAAACCACGCCCAAGGACCAAAGCGGAGGAUGAUGUUUAUAAUUUUGGAUUCAUAUUGUUUGAAUCACUUGUUGGACCCAUAGCAUGCGACAAAGGUGAAACAUUUUUUCUAAAUGAAAAGGCAUCCUUUGGCAGUCAAGAUGGUCGAAGAAAGAUUGUGGAUCCUAUUGUGUUGACCACUUGCUCUCAAGAGUCAUUAUCAAUUGCAAUCUCAAUAACAACCAAAUGCAUAUCUCCAGAAUCUUCAUUCCGUCCCUCUUUUGAGGAUGUCCUAUGGAACUUACAGUAUGCAGCUCAAGUCCAAGCCACAGCAGAUGCAGACCACAAAUCAGAUUAAUUCUACAUAACAUCACUGGUCCAACCAAUUGUGUAGUGUAGGAGGCUCAAAACUAGAGCUUCAACUCCUCCAUAUUCCUUCUCCAACAAUGCGGAUAAAGAAAUCAAGGAUCUAUAUAUAAGUACAAGCAAAAUUCAAAUAUAAAGGUAUAGUUGUAAAAAUGUUCACCCCAUUUUAUUUUUUUAUUUCUUCUAGAGUUUUGAUAGGACAUAGUUAGAGUUCAAAGGCCUCUUCCGAAGAAGACUGAAUUAGGCCAAUGAAGCAAAUCAUGAACUUGACUAAGCACUCUGAUAGGAUGAAUGCUCCUAGAUCUAGAUGCAUAUUUGGUGGAAAUUGUAGCCAUGGAUUAUGGAAAGGUCAAAUUCAAAGAGUUGCAGGGGUAAAAGAUUUCUAGUGGAUGUAUAGUACAUCGUGUUAAGUUGUAAAUUUGAUUCUAUGCUCUUUUAUGAAAGGAAUUUAAUUCUCAACAAAUUUGAGGAAGAAAAAAAAA